GCUGAAUGUGCUGCUGCUUGAAGUUGACAAAGGAAAUGAAAUAUAUUGGAGAAUAACCAUAACUCUGGCUUCAAAGAGCGGGGACAACGGUGACUGUUUUCCAAGUGCGCAGCUUUGAGCACAGGAAUAUUUGUAAUCUAUUUACAGCAGCCGCUGAGUAAGACGAACUGCUCCCAACGAGACAUGAUCCCAACACGAAGCUGUACUAGCCAAGACCGAUUAUUACUUUAAAACAACACCAACAUAUUUCGAUUAUCAACAUGGAUCGUGCUGUGAAAGGGAAAUAUGAGGGGGCAGAGCCAGAGAUGGGGGAAUUGCAGGACGUGGGACCAGGAAUGAUCGAUAUCGACGACGAAGAAGAAAUUGAGGACCUUCAUAAAAGUUUAAAGGAAGUCAUGCAGGAUCCAUCAGUGAAGCCCAAACUCCAGUGUCUGAUGGUUGACCCAUCCUUCUCUAUGGUGACGGUGCAGAGUGAGGACAGUGGGAUAGUAUGGGAGACGGCUUCCAGUAGAUGCUCAACUCCAUGGGCUUCAGAAGGAAGCUCUCCAUCUGAACAAUACAGCAUGGAAGGUUCCGGAACACAGGGUAAUAUUGUGAUCAUAAUGGAUGAAGACAGAAUAAAGAGGAAAAAAACAAGCAGCAGAGGCAAGCUGGGUGACCGGUUUAAAAAGCCAAGCUCCAGACUGCCAAAAAGUCUGAUAGGUGAGGAAAGACCUGCAAUGAUUGAGGUGUCAGUGCCGAAUAUCAGGUCUGAAAGCAAUGAGGAUGGAACGCCUGCUGGAAGCAAGGAUCAAGAUCUUUUUAGUUUGAUAUCAGAUGGCUUUGAAAUACUCAAUAUUGUUGUACCGUCAAAGCUUGCUACAGUAGAUGAGGAAGAUAGCACUACACUGGUGGAGAAUUUAGCCUACUUGGAUGAUACCCCAAAGAUAAAAUCCAAACAUAAGCAUGAACCUGUAGCUACAAUCAGUUGUCCUGUGAAGAUAGACAUUGAGGAAAUAAAGCAAAAUGAAAGCUUGAAGGAUUCAUCCCAGAACUUUGCUGACAAACAGCCCAAAAAGGAAGAAACUCAAAUGGACUACCUUGAAAAAUUCACACUGUUAGAUGAGCAGGCACCUAGUGAUGGCACUACACUGAUGGAAAAACUUGAAUCAGAAGUGACUGUCCAUCCGGAGGAACCUCAAGAGAACCUCAAAGAACCAAAAGUAGAAGAAGCUGUUGAUGAUGAUUCCUUUGUAUUCAUCAGUGAUGUUGAAAUUGCAGGUGAGCAUCUUGAUGAAGUGUUUUAUGGAAAUAAGUUGAAUGCAGAGCCUCCCCAAGAAUGUGAGGACAGAGUUACAAGUACAGCAAAAGAGAGCUCUAAAUCUCUUAAAGAGAGUGGAUCAGUCCUAUUUGGAAGUCAGGAAUGUAUCCUCACACCUGUAUACCUCCCUACCGGACCACCAAAGAUCAUAGAUCUUGUCCUUCUUGAGGAACCACGAGCAAUGUCCUUUCAUUACUCAGACCUUUAUGAGGACACAGUAGGAGACCGGAAGAAAGAAGACGACUUCUCAGAUACGGAGAGUGUUAUUUCAGAACGGUCUUUCAAAAGAAGAUACUCUGAUUCUGAUGAUCCGGAUGGAUAUCUGGAGAAAUUCAUAUUGAAGGAUGAAACACCAGUGGUUGCUAAUGUACCUGAGGCCAAAGAAAAGGAAGAUGGGGGGAAAUUAGCAUGGUCACAAAGUAAAUUUGAACUCACUGGAUGUUUAGAAAAAGCACAAGAAGAACUAGAAGAAGAAGUAACUGUCGAUCAACCAUGUGUGCAAGAUAAAAUUGAAGGUGAAGGACAGUGUGAGUCCACAGAGGGUUGUUCAGGGGGACACUGUGCUCCAGAAAUCCAACAAGAGGUGGAAAUUAUCAUGACAGGAACGGUCACGUCAGAUGACCUGGUUGCCAAGCAUAGUAGGGAAAAUGAAGGCAUCAAGGAUAGUAUCACAACUAAAAGUGACCUCAAUGACACACAACCUCAAAUGGAUCAAGUCCUUGAGCCAGAAUGCAAAACCACCAGUGAAGGAGAUUGCAGUCGACAGGAACAAAUAAGUCUGACUGCUCAUAUUCAAGUGCCUGGGGGGUUUGCGCAUGAAGACGUUAUUAAAACUAAAGAUAAAAUUAUGCCUGUAACACAGAGCUCUGAGAAAAUUCAGUCCGAUGUACCACAUGCUGUCGAAAACAUUAGUGUUUCUGAGGGCAGUGUGGAUCGACGUCAUGAAGUAGCUGAUGCCAUUGCUGACGUUAGCGAAACAAGUACUAUUACUAAAAAUGACGAAGGAGAGAAUAAUAAAACCGAGACACAAGGCGAAAUUUUAGAGCAAAAUCUUACCUCAAGGGUUGAUAAAGGCACUACUGAAAUAUUAAAAAGAGAAGAACCAGAAAUUAUUGCUCAGAGGGUUGUCAUUCUCAAAGAACCCCUGUCAGGUAAAACAGAACCUCCAAAAACUGAAGAACCUUCAAAAGUAGAGAAAGGUCAAGUCAAGUCUUUAGGAGAGGCUGAAACAAUUACAACAGAUGCUACUGAAGUUAAACUUUCUGCAAAAUCUUUAGAAAAUGACUCUCAAGUCCAUGAAAAUGGAGAAAUGCUUGCUGUGGUUGAGAAUAGAGUGAGUGAAGGAUUAAUUCCCAAAAAGGAAAAACAAGAGCAGGUAAUUGCCAAAAUUGGUGCAGCGCAAGAGGUUGAGGCUCAUAUCGAUACAUCAGAUGUGUUAACAGAAAUCGAAGUAAAGCCAGAGUCUAAAUUUACUUCUGUUCAGAGCUCAUUAGAGCAGUCACAUCCAAGUGAAACGGAUACAGCAAACAUUGAGCUUCAGACUAAAUCUGAUAUUACAAGCGAGGAGAAAAUGUAUCCAGAAUUACACAAUGAAUUCAUUGCAACAAACAAGAAAGCCAAAGAGGGCACAGAUACAGAUAGGCCAACCAAUGAAGCACCAAUGCUGGAAACGCAAAAAGAACAUGUUGACAUACCAAAGAUUGAAGAACCUGUGGUUACAGAAAAACAUGAAAAAGUUGAGGAAAUCAAGGUGGAUCUUACAGAGGAAGCAAAUGAGAGGGUUGACACUACAAAUGAGCCUGUUCAGGACGAGAUACCUUCUGAGAAAAGAUUGACAAUGGAGAUGAAUCAAAUGAUUAAUUCGAGACAAGAAUAUAGCAUACUGUUAGCUAACGACAUGGAGGCAUUUGCUCGUGAAGGCACGGAAGAGAUAAAGGUAACAGACAACGUAGAGGACUUAUCAAAAGUAAGACUGCCAGCUGUUGUACCAAUAAAGGACGAACAGGUUGAAGAAUAUAGUGAAAUAAAUGACGUGACCAUAUUAACCGGAGAGAUUCCAGUGAAAGAAUCAGCCACUAGCUGGACAGAUAUUGAGAAUAAGAUGUUACCCCUAACAUCAACAAAAACAUUAGAGGAAGGAAAGAAAACACAGAUUGAAGAUAUAACAGACCUACCAGAGCCCAUUUCGCCUCCUCCAGUUGAUGAAGAUGAUCCCUCAGCAAUGAGAGUCUCACCUUUAGAGCCAGAAGAUAGUGAUAAAAUGUAUGAAGAUAUAAGUAGGGAUAAAGGUAUUUUCGCACAAUUGCGAAGUUUUACGCCUCAAGAGGACCUGUCGACCUUGAGCUGUGAACCAAAUGUGCAGCAGGAAAUGGCAGAGGAACUUGGUUUCGAGAUGGUCACCGAACAAGAGACAAGACAGUCUGAACAAGCUCUAGCUGAGGAUGGGCAUUGUGAACAAGUUCGACUGUCAGAUCAAACUCUGGAAAAAGGCUUUGAAUUUGUUGAGGAUUUGGAUAGUGCACAAAUGGCGGAAUAUGAACUUCAAGAGGAACUUGAAAUUCAACCAAUGGAUGCGUUCUGCCUUGUUUGCCGUUGUCCAGUACUGCUGAGUGAGGCUGAGCAUCAAAACCAUGAGAUGGCCUCUUUGGAAGAGGCCUAUGACAGUGUUAAGAAUCAGCUAAGUGAACUGAUAUCAGUUUUACAAGGAAGAUCAGAGAAUAUUGAAGACUUUGUAUCUGAGCUUGAACUGGCAUACAACACAGUGGAGGAGAACUUUAAUGAUUGUGAGAAGAUCAUAAAUGAGCACAAUGAGGAGGUGGUGAAACUGGUGAUGGAUCAGUAUAAUGAGAUGUCUCAGGCCAUGGAGGAGGAGAAAAAGGCCAAACUGGAGCAGCUGUACGACCAGAUUGUGUCGUUCCAGGAGAAUAUCGACAAGGCCAAGGAGACUAUGGAGAUGACGGCUAAGGAGGAGGAAGAGACGGAUCCACUCAAGUUUCUUUCUUCAUCAAAAGAUAUCAAUAUGAGGUUGAAUACAGCUUUGGAAUCCACCAUGUCACUUGAACUUGGUCCACGAGGGCUGCUGGUUUUUGAGGACUAUGCCAAGGGCAAAUCAGGCAAUGAGAGGAAAAACAGACAAGCCAUUCCAGUUCCUCAACAACCACAUCUCCAGCCUCAAGAGGCCAAUUCUGCAACCAGCACUUCCGUCACUGUGUAUUGGAGAGUCAACGAGGAUGACAUUAUCGACUGCUUCCAAGUAUACUGCAUGGAAGAGCCACAAGGAGCUAUCUCAGAGGAGUACAGGGUGACUGUGAAGGAGAGCUACUGUAAUCUAGAAGAGCUGGACCCGAAUAAGUGUUAUAAAGUGUGGGUGAUGGCGGUGAACUACACAGGCUGCAGCAUGCCGAGUGAGAGACUGCCCUUCAGAACCGCCCCCUCUGUCCCGGUGAUCCAGACAGAACAGUGCACAGUGCUGUGGGACACGGCCACGCUGCGUUGGAGCUCAGUUCAGCCCAGUGCUGUAGACUGCUUCACACUGGAGUAUUGCCGCCAGUAUGCAUGCGAGAGAGAGGGACUCAGGUCCAUAUCAGGGAUAAAAGGCUAUGAGCAGAGGGUCCUCCUUCAGCCCAAUGAAAAUUACCUCUUCUACAUCAAAUCAGUGAAUGCAGGAGGAGCCAGUGAGCAGAGCGAGGCGGCCCUUAUCUCAACCAGAGGUACAAGGUUCCGCUUCCUCAGUGAAACGGCCAACUCAGUGCUGGAGGUUUCAGAGGACAGGAACUCGGUAGAAUACCCACAAGACACCUACAGUAAAAUGUCCUCAGUCAUAGAAUGUCCAGCUGUUAUGGGUGAACUUUUGCCUUCUCUUGGAUAUUACUACUGGGAGACAGAGGUGUCAAGGUGCAAAGCUUACCGCAUCGGUGUCGCAUAUCAAACUGCAUCACUGUCCAGCACACUGGGGGAGAACAGGGCCUCCUGGUGUCUGCACUGUGUACCUACAUCUAUAAGCUGCAGAUUUGAACUACUCCAUGACCGUGUGGAGUCUGACAUCUUUGUUGUGGACAUUCCAGCCCGGAUCGGCACUCUGUUGGACUAUAGUCAGGGUCGGCUCUUCUUCUUCAAUGCUCAGAACGGGCAGCUCUUGGGCACUUUUCAGCACACCUUCACAGAGCCCUGCCACCCUGUGUUUGUCCUGGAGCAGCCGGGGAAUCUAGAGCUGAAGAUGACCAUGGAGGUGCCGGAGUUUGUUAAGCACUGCUAGUUUACAUGACUCAAGUCUCAGUGCUCUGGGUUUGGUUGUAUGACAGGAAAUGAAUCAAGUGAAUCUUUCUUAAUAGGAAAUGAAAACAUAUUGUGCUGUCAUGUGAAAAGUUGCUCAGUUUAUUGACAUGGUGUGACUAAAGAGAUUAUGAAAAAUGUUACAAUUGUGAAAGGAAGGACCGUUUUCGAAGCUGUGCUUUUAAAUCCCUCCGGAAACUAGUUUUGUGGAGCUGUUGUUUUUGUAUAUAUAUUAAACAGAAAGUGCAUGCGACCAGUUUUGUUGCUUGUCAUAAAUGAUGCACCUCUGGAUCACAUGAUGUGCAGACAUUUAUAUUUAGUGUCAGUGUAUUUAUUUUGGAAGCUACAGGCUUUCAGGUUGUUUGAAUAAAACUGAUUUUGGCAAGGUUAAUAAUAGACUUUCAUAGCUGAAUUCUCCUCGAUAUAUUUCUGUGGCUUAGUUUAUUUUCAUGAUUUGGUAGGAAAAGGUCAUUUCCCUUCACUUUCUAUUUAAAAUUGUUGCUGGAUCUCACUUAAUCAAAAACUAUUAAAGGUAAAUGUGCUGUAAAGUGAAUAGAAUGAUUUUAGUUUUCACUUACAAUGGAUCGUUUGAGUAAGGGUGUAUUUUUAACUUAUUUAUUGUCAUUUUUCACUCUGAAAGCUCCACUAUCAAGUCAAAAUCAACUCUUGCACAAGAGAAAAUAAAUUGUAGCCAUAUUUGUUAUCUUUAAUUGGAUUGCACUUUGUUUGGUAUCCAUUUUGUAAAUGAUUCUUUCAAUUGUUUCAAUUUCAGUGCUCUGUUGUUGAAUAAGUUAGUAGUGGUAUAAAUUAGUCUACUUGUAUAUUUACUGUAUUUGUAUUUCUGAGAACAACUGGAUUGGUUUAAAAGUUUUACCAUUAGAAAUGUUUUAAUGAACAAAGAAUAUACUGUAUGUCAUUCAAUACCGUUCAAAAGUUUGUUGUCUGUAAGAUUUUUUUUGAUGUUUUUGAAAUGUCUCUUAUGUUGAACUUAUUUGAUCAAAGUUACAGCAAAAUCUAUAAUAUUGUCAAUUAUCCUUACAAUUUAAAAUAACCGUUUUCUAUUUAAAUAUAUAUAUUAAAAUGGCAAAGCAG